AAGAGGAGGGUCUAGUAAAUGUCAGCAACACCAGGGCACGUCAUGAGCUUCUUGCAGAGGUGCAGGAAGUAUAUAAUGCAGUUUCCCUAAGAGGGUCUCUGGCAGGAGCCACAGUGCGUGGAGGCUACACUGGAACGUACGAUGCUCUUGCUAGCCUUGUGAUUUCAUCCCUGUUUGAAACAAGACCAUGGACAGUGGUAAGCGGAUAAAGGUUACCAUUGUUUUCAGCCUUCCUCUAAUUUUUCAGUUCUGCACUGGAAACAAUGUCACUGAUGACUAUGACUCCAACACCACCAUCGACUACACCAUGUUCGAGACCCUGUGCGAGAAAGAGGAGGUCCGUAACUUCCGUGCUGCCUUCCUCCCAGCCAUGUAUUCCCUCAUCUGCUUCAUUGGGCUGGUGGGGAAUGGGCUCGUGAUGCUGACCUACAUCUAUUUUAAGAGGCUCAAGACCAUGACAGACAUCUAUUUGCUGAACCUGGCCUUGGCAGACAUCCUCUUUCUGCUGACCCUCCCCUUCUGGGCCACAAGUGCAGCCAUGUACUGGCUUUUUGGGGAGUUUGCCUGCAAAGCUGUCUACUGCAUCUGCAAGAUGAGCUUCUUCAGUGGAAUGCUGCUUCUCCUGUCCAUCAGCAUCGACAGGUACUUUGCUAUCGUUCAGGCUGCCUCCGCCCACCGCUUCCGUCCCCGGAUGAUGUUCAUUAGCAAGGUCACAUGCAUCCUCAUCUGGCUCCUCGCCUUCAUCCUCUCAAUCCCUGAGCUGGUUCACAGUGGCAUAAAUAACUCGGACAGCCACCCCCGUUGCUCCAUCAUCGCUACUGACUUGCAGACGUUCAACACUGGCAUCAAGGUGUCCCAAAUGGUUUUUGGCUUCUUAUUUCCCCUACUGGUCAUGUCUGUCUGCUACCUCAUCAUUAUCAAAACAUUACUCCAGGCCCGCAACUUUGAGAAGAACAAAGCUAUUAAGGUCAUCAUUGCUGUGGUAAUCGUCUUCCUUGUCUUCCAGCUGCCCUACAACGGCGUCAUGCUGGCCAAGACCAUCUCAGCUUUCAACCACACCAGCUCGUGUGAGGAGAGCAAGAAGCUUGACAUGGCAGAUGAUGUGACCUAUACUCUGGCCUGCUUCCGAUGCUGCCUCAAUCCUUUCCUUUACGCCUUCAUUGGUGUCAAAUUCCGCAACGACCUCUUCAAGCUUCUCAAGGAACUUGGCUGCCUGAGUCAAGAGCGCCUCUGGCAGCUGUCUGCCUGCCGUGAGAGCAAGAGGUUUUCCAUUGCCAUGGAGACAGAGACAACUACCACUUUCUCACCGUGAGGAGUUUUCUAGGCAGGCUUUGACUGAGCUGAAGGCUGACAGUUUUGUACACUGCCACUGUUUUGAAUUACUGAUAGAGCAGGACCUGCCACUACUUUAGGAAAGGCAGCUGUAAACAGGAAAUUCAGGAGCCUCCCCACAUUUCAAGCAAUGAGCGUUGCUAUCCAACACUCCCACAGGUGGAGAGACAUCAAUAAAGCUGUGACUAAUACUUAAGCAGGGAAGAGGGACACUGGUGAGUCUAAAAUUUAUUGUGCCAUCUGACCUUUAUUUUAGUCUUUCUUAGGUGAAAUGAGAAAUGCUCGAAAUAGAACAGUUUUCUUUAAAAACCACAAAUAUCAAGACAGAAGACAUUUGUGCAACACAAUUGCUUGUUUUAGAACUGAACUCCCAAGAGCACUGUCCUUGCUUUCAGUGUUUCAUUCAACAAGAUUGCCUAUUGCUCUUUCAUAUGUACACAAGUGAUGCCUGUUGCACUGACCCAGCCUUCAAGACAAAACAGCACCAACAGUCUCAGGCUCCAAGCUGAACAAAGUAUGCAAUAUAAGCUAUUAAGUACCCUAGCAUGCAACUCUCAGCUCUGCCUUUCCCCCCCAAAAGCCAGAAAUUUGCAUAGUUAAUCCUAAAUGCAUACAUGAUAUGCAUAGUUUCAGUAACUAUGCAUAUUGUUGUGGCAUCUCAUAAAUUUGUCAGGAAAAGAACAACUUCCAAUUCACUUCUGACUGUAAUGAUGAUAUUUAUAUAUGUAAAGAUGCAUCCUAAGGAACAAAACUCAUUGCAUCUCCCUGUGCAGGGGCUGAUGCAAGGGUUGCUAGCACAUUUUAAAUCUAAACUUUCUCCAUGAAGACAAGUCCUCAGUGAUCUGAGUUACAAGCCCAACAUUACUGAGGCUUUUCCAAUCAUCAGGCAUCCAAACUUGAAUUAAGAAACAGAUACUCCUUCACAAAUCCAGUCAGGUGCUUAAAAUACAUUUUUACUGCCUAGCCAUCCACCCUGUCCCAAUGUCAUCCUUAUUCCUGACAUGGCAAGGGACUGUCUACUCACAUGCUUGAUAUUAAAGCAUGUGUUUUGGUGGAUUGGUGCCAGAAUGCUCAACGUUUUCCAGAAUUAAGCCCAGGACAAGUCUGUAUCUAUUUCUAUGAGCGAGGCUCUCAAAUUCAGCAUAUACUUGUGCCCAUCAUCCAACCACUUUAGUUUGCCAGUAUCUGAAACAUGCUUAUGUCGAGCUUUAUCAGCUGCUGUGGAGACAGUCUGCUGAUUUUCACAUAUGUGUGGGGGCUUUGUGCUAUUGCUUGCUGACCUCAGAGAUGAAUGUGGGUUUUUUCUCCCUUGCUCAUCAACAUGUCUCUUUGUAGAAGGACUUCAGCAGCUGGCUUUUUGUAAGUCAGAUAUGUAUUUCAUUUAUAAGCUACUGAAAAAAUGUGUUUUGCAUUCAUACUGUCACUGCUAAUAAAGAUGCCAUUCAUCGUGGCUUGAUUUAAACACAGACAGUCACAUGUUGAAGAUUACUGCCAAGGUCACAUACUUGAAAGGAACAUGGCAGCUGAACAACAGAUUAUUGUCAUGUAAAAUAAGACCCUGAAAAGAAGCCCAGAAUGUAAUGCCAGUUGGUGCAUUUACUAGAAAAAUGAAGAUUCCUCCUAAUGGAUGAAUACCCUGAGAACCGCUGUCAUGAGACAUCUGAAUGUUAAUUGGGGAGGAGCUGCUGCGAUUAUACAUCUGUUAUCGACUAGCAUGCCACAGUUCCCAUACCACACAGCUCUCCCUGGAGCCAGACACCCAUGGCAAAAGGUCUUGGCCAUGAAUCCCCAUUGGUGCUGGGCAGUAGCAUCUAGGUUAGUGCAUGUACCUAACCCUUCCUUCCAGAGCACCAUUUGAACAGUUUUGAUUUGUGGAACCUGUAAGUAUGUUCUAGUGGAGACCAGAGCCAUGCAGAACAAAGCAUAAACUCCCCAAAAAGACAUUUACACUUUUUUGUUACCACUUGAGGACGCAUUAGAAGUAAUCUAGGGAACUCUGCGACCAUAGGUUGAAAACCAUUGUUCUAGAGACAUGAGAAUGGAAACUGACCUUCCAAGGAAAGAAUCCAGUUAGCUGGUUUUGAGACACCACUGUCAGCUUUACUGCUGGCUACCAUCAUAAAUAAGUUCUUCUUAAAGCAUUUGGUUCUGGGAUAAAGGAUUUUGCCAUGAGCUAAAAGUGCGGAAGAAAGUACAUUUUGCUCUGCAUGCAUUACUUGCCUAUGUUGAAUGAUAAUCCCAUCCAAUUGUUUAAAGCUUUUUUUUUUAAUAUAUAUAUAAUGCUCAUGUAAUGUGUAAAAUAAGUGCUGCUUCUUUGUCAUAUGAAAUGGGGAGUUAAGACUGACACACAGAAUAGUCAUUUGUUCUUGCUUUGCUCCUAUAGUCCUUACUCAGAUAAGACACACAGCUAAUGAGAACUUAGGAAGAGUGAGGAAUACCUAUAAUACAGGUCUUUUCAGUUUUAUUAAUCGGUAACAAUAUAUUCUUAAUGUAUAUUCAGAUACAUAAAGCUGCUUUUCAUAGAAAACAAAUAUGUACACAAAUGUACACUGAAAAUACACUGCUUUAACUAAACAUUUUCAUGCAAAAUACAUUCACUUAACUUAUUCCAACAAGGAAAUCUGCUUCACCAAAACGUGCAAUUGUACUUGUAUGCUGUUUGAUAAAAGCCCCCUCUGCAAACUGAGAAUUCUUUAGGUCUUUAUCAACUAGAUGUACUAUUCGCAGGAAAAAAAUGCAGCUGCUUAGGUAAGAAUGAGAUACUAAAGCACAGUUAAAUGUUAAUAUGAUUUACCUAAGAUCCUAACUCGAAAUUCCUCACAGAAGUCUCAAAACUGACUAUGUUUUGCUAUUUCUGGAAAAUAAAUUAUAACGAUUGAAAAAUACCUUCAUUAUUUUCCCUUGUAUUUUCUCCAUAAGACACAGCUUGCACAUAUCCUAACAGUUUGUAUCAUAUCCUUCUGCUCCUGUCAAGA